UAUAUAUUACGAGAAGGGGCCACUUCACUUCACAACACAAGGCCGGUAAGCGUUGAGGAAGGGGCUGAACGAGCUUUCCACCAUGCGGGGAAAGGUUCUGGCCGUCGUCUUCUGCCUCCUAGGCUGUGCUGUUUCAUCCAGAGCUGCUCCAUUAGGACAACAUCAAGAGCACAUCAGUCUCACAUUUGAACCAGCAGUAGCCUCUGGGGUCACUGAAGAAAGCGUCGCCAGCUUUCCAGGUGGAGCAGUGGGCGGCGCAACUACCGUCAUAUCAAGUGCUGCUCCAAGUGUGGUUGGAAGCACUGUUAGCACCGGCGUUGUAGGAACACCAUGGGGAGCUGUUCGCUUCCCGUAUAGUUCUUUGGCCGGCUACCCAGGUUUCGGGGGCUUUUCAAACCUGUAUGGUGGCUACUACGGGGGCUACUCAGACUAUGGCAGUUAUUUGUCCCAUUCUUACGGACUUUCGAGAUUUUCUAGCCCAUGGGGAUACUUGUACCGCGGUGCUUAUGGAUCUCUAGGUUACCCUGGUGCUCUAGGAGGACUUCCUGGAGGAUAUGGGGGAUACCUAGGAAGUCCAGGACACCAGGCAGGCCUUUUAGGUCUGUAUGAAAGAGCCCUCGGUCUUUCAGGCUUAUAUAGAGCAUACCCAGGAUUCGGACACUUGUCUGGUGUUCUGGGAAGCUAUCCUAGUUUGUCCGCUCUUUCCGGCUUGUAUGGUGGAUACCCAGGUUACUUGGACAGCUUUACCGCUCCUUCUGGAUCACUAGGCACACAUAGUGUUUACGGCCCCAGUAAGAGAUUCCUGGCUCUUUCCGGUCUCUACGGUAGCAACCCAAGACUUCGACUCUUGUCUGGACUACUGGGAGUUCACUCUGGAUUAGCAGGACCUUCUGGUUACUACGGUGAAUACCAAGCUUACUUACGAAGAAUUAAUGGCCUUUCAGGACACCUAGAAACACUGAGAGGUUACUCGGGACUUUCUGGCCCCUAUGGACACUCACUUGCCCUUUCAGCUCUAUACGGCAGUUACCCAGGGCUUGGAGAAUUGUCAGGCCUUUUGGGAGGACACUCUGGUUUGAGGGGUCUUUCUGGUUUGUACAGCGGAUAUCCCGGAUACAUGGGAAGCCUUAGUGAUCUUUCCGGACCACUACGAAUAUUGGGACGUUACCCAGGACUUGAAGGUCUAUACAGCAGCUCACUAGCUCUUUCAGGUCUCUACGGAACUUACCCUGGAGUCGGAAGCCCGUCCACCUUUCUGGGAAGAUACUCUCGCUUGACAGGGCUUCCUGGUUUGUAUGUUGGACACCGAAGUUACCUCGGAGGUCUCAGUCUUUUGAGUCCGCUAGGACUACUUGGAGGUUACUCAGGACUUUCCGGCGUCUAUGAAAACUCGCUUAGUCUUUCAGGUCUUUAUGGAACUUACGGUUAUUACCCUGAACUUGGACGAUUGCCAGGACUUUUGGGAAGAGACUCUGGUUUGACAGGACUUUCUCGUCUGUACAGUGAUUACGACGGUUAUUGGGGGCACCUUAGUGCUCUUUCCGGAUCACUGGGUGCACUCGGUGAUUACUCGGGACUUUCCGGUCUCUAUGGAAACUCACUCCCUCUUUUGGGUCUCUACGGUAGUUAUCCAGGGCUGGGACACUUGUCAGGGUUUUUGCGAGGAUACUCUGACUUGACAGGUCUUUCUGCUUUUUACAGUGGAUAUCCUGGUUACUUGGGGAGCCUUAGUGCUGUUUCGGGACCACUAGGGCUAUAUGGCCAUUAUCCAGAACUUCAAGGUCUGUACGGCAGCUCAUUAGCUCUUUCUGGUCUCUACGGAAGUUACCCUGGAGUCGGACACCUGUCUGGAUUUCUGGGAGAAUACUCAAGGUUGACAGACCUCUCUGGUUUGUACUCCUAUGGCGGACACCGAAGUUACCUCGGAGGUCUCAGUCUUUCGAGUCCGCUAGGACUACUUGGAGGUUACUCGGGACUUUCCAGCCUCUAUGGAAAUUCGCUUGGUCUUUCAGGUCUCUAUGGAAAUUACGGUUUUUACCCUGGAGUUGGACGCUUGCCAGGACUUUUGGGGGCGUACUCUAGUUUAACAGGACUUUCUGGUCUAUACAGUGGUCACAACGGUUACUGGAGACGCCUUAGUGCUCUUUCCGGAUCACUGGGUGAUUAUUCGAGGCUUUCCGGCGUCUAUGCAAAUUCACUCGCUCUUUCAGGUCUGUACGGAAGUUACCCAGGGCUUGGACACUUAUCAGGGAUUCUGGGGGGAUACUCUGAUUUGACAGGGCUUUCUGGUUUUUACAGCGGAUAUCCCGGUUACUUGAGACACCUUAGUGGUCGUUCCGGACCCCUAGGACUACUUGGACAUUACCCAGGACUUCAAGGCCUGUACGGCAGCUCACUAGCCCUUUCAGGUAUCUACGGAAGUUACCCAGGGGUUGGACACCUGUCUGGAUUUCUGGGAGAAUACUCGGGCUUGACAGGGCUUUCUGGUUUGUAUGGUGGACACCCAAGUCACCUUGGAGGUCUUAGUCUUUCGGGUCCGCUAGGACCACUUGGAGGUUACUCAGGACUUACCGGCCUCUACGGAAACUCGUUUGGUCUUUCAGGCCUCUACAGCAAUUACGGUUAUUACCCCGGACUCGGACACUUGCCAGGACUUUUGGGAGGAUACCCUGGUUUGGCAGGGCUUCCUGGUCUGUACAGUGGUUACACCGGUUACUUCCGACGCCUUAGUGCUCCUUCCGGAUCACUGGAUACACUUGGUGGUUACUUGGGCCUUUCCAGCCUCUAUGGAAACUCGCUCACUCUUUCAGGUCUAUACGGUAGUUACCCAGGACUUGGAAAAUUGUCAGGGCUAUUGGGGGAAUACUCCACUUCGACAGGUCUUUCUGGUUUGUACAGUAGAUAUCCCGGUUACUUGGGAAGCCUUAGUGGUCUUUCCGGACCACGAGGGUUAUUUGGAGGCUACCCGCGAGUUCCCAGCCCUUACGGAAGCUCACUUGCCCUUUCAGGUCUCUAUGGAAGUUAUCCUGGGAUCACAAGUUUGUCAGGAUUGUAUGGAAGUUUUCCAGGGCUUGGAGGUUUGUCCGGGCUCCACAACGGGUACUCUGGUGGGACCUAUCCUUCUGCCUAUGGUGACAUGAAUGGUUUUUGGGGAUAUCCAUUCGGCGGCCACGCUGGCGUAUACGGCUACGGAAGUUCACUUGGCCCCCUCGGAUACUCCGGCCUUUACGGGCACGGAGUUGGUCUAUAUGGAAACUAUGGCCCAUACGCAACUUCUCUAGGCUAUUCAGGAGUGGGCCCUCUAGGUGCAUAUAGAUACGGCGCUUUCGGUAGCUCCCUUAGAUUCCCUGGAGCCUACAGUAACGGAUUUGGUUCAUUUGGUCCCUUUGGUUACGGCGGACCUCUUGGAUGCUACUACGGUCCAUAUGGACCCUUGGGAAAAUCUUUCAGCUCCCACAUCCAGCAUGGCCCCUUAGGAACUACAAUGUCAUCAACUGGUGUCCCUUCUGCCCAAGGACCAUCUGUCACUGGCACACUGCUGCCUGAGGUUGUAGCACCAAGUACUACCCUAGUCACACCCGAUGGCCUGCCUGCACUGCCAGUAAACAUUGCAACUGGGGCAAAGGGUGUGAAGACCAUAGUGCGUUGAGAAUCCCCACUAUCGCAACAAGGAUCGCUGAUGAUGUCACAUCCCAAUCAUGAGCCGUGCUUCCCCUAAUUAUUGAAUACAAUGGCCGUUUUGGACUAUACACGUGCGCAAGUGGAACACGAACGACGUUGUGCAAGCUUGCUUGUUUAAGAAAUGAAUUGUUGAUCAUUAAAA